AAGUUUCACGUGAUGGGAUUUUGCCGGAAUUACCUAGCUACCGGCUUCCGGGGAAAUUUUCCGUCCGUCCGGCUCUGCGGACUCAAGGAGAGAAAGGAAAAAACGUUUCUCAGUGUAACCACACUCAGGACCUGAAACGAUUCUUAAAUAUUUGUACACAGGUCCACAUCUGCCUCCCCAUGCAGAACUCCAUGAAAUGAAUAAAGCACCGCAGCCUAUAACAGGACCCCCCUCCAACCCCCACCCUGCCCCCUCCCCUGGCCUUUCACAGCCCUCAUUCACCCCUGGGCAGCCCCCCUCUGUUGUGUUUGCCACCCCACCGCCUCCACAAAUGAACCCAACACCACAGCCUCGACAGUUUGCCCCAGGGCCCAGGCCUAUACACCAACAGGGAAGCUUCAGGUCACUACAGCCCUAUUACACCAACAGGGCCAGCCUGCCUCCCAGCACUGGGCCACGGGGUGUCCCUCCCAGCAGCGGUCCUCGGCCUGUGACACCCACCCACGUCUACCAGCCGGGCCCUGGCUCCCAAAUGAUGAUGAUCCCAGGGCAGCAGUUGCCCUUCCCCAGCUCACCACAGGGGCCUGCUUACUUCAUACCGGGACAGUACCGGUCAGCAACCUACGUGGCCACACCCCAGCAGUACCCAGUCCCAGCAGGCACCCCAGGCUUCUACCCAGGCACCAGCCCCGCUGAAUAUGGUACUUAUGCAGGGGCCUACUACCCCGCCCAGCCUCAGUUCACCCCAUCGGUGCAGACGGCACCGGUCAUUAUGAACCCUGCCCCCCAACAGCAGCAACCACCACCUCAGCCUCCCCAACACAUCCCCACCAAACGGGAACGUAAACAGAUCAGAAUAAGAGACCCAAACCAAGGAGGUCGAGACAUUACAGAGGAGAUUAUGUCAGGGGGCCGCAGUGGCUCUACCCCAACCCCACCACAGACAGCCAUAUCUGGCUCAGAAAGUACUGCAGUGGCCCAGGCCAACGGUGAGAGUGUCACAGCUGCUUUUACCCCAGCAGUGGUUAGACCAGAUGAAAGAGGGAAACCUACCCCUCCUCCUCUGUCAAAGACCCCUGAACUUGUUAUAGGUGACCCCAUCCCCACUGAGGCUACAUCCCCAGACACGAACACUAAGCCCCCUUCACCCCCUCUACUAUCAGAAGCAGAGGACCCCUCUCUCGACACUAUUUCUACACUUGCUCCCAGCGCUGCUGUUGCAGAUGUGAUGGAUGCUCCUCCACCUCCCAGGGAACGCACCCCAACCCCCCAAUCAGCUCCUGAGGUUCCUGCCUACCCUGCGCCCCUCCCUGACCCUGUCCCCACCUCCGCUGCACAAGACAAAACAGACAAGAAAGACACAGAGGCAAAGGAGGAGGUCAUGGUAGAGGAGGAGGCUAAAGCUGAAGAGGAAGCUGCCUCUCUUGACACACCCUUUGCACCUUCUUCCACCAUUAACGGUGUCGCAAAGGUGGAGCCAGAAAGGCUUUCCGUCAUGUUGCCACCCAGUCCCCUCGAGGCCCCCUUGGAGUCUCCCAUUGCACAGCCUGAGGAACUCCGCCUCCCCAAUGGCCUGCCGCUGCCAGCCCCUCAAGACCCCGAGGUGCCCGCUGUCAGUACAGCAGAGCGAGACGACAGCCCCAUCGCUGAGCCUGACGACAGCCCCAUCGCCGAACCUGUCACCAGCCAGCAGCCUGUCAUACAGACCUCCACAACCAUCACUCGGGCAGCACCUACACCCGUUGACCAAGCCACACCUGCACCUGUCGACCAGCCUGCACCUGCACCCGCAGUCCAGGAGAUUCCUGCUGAUCCAAUCGUCCAGGCAGCUCCCGCCCCGCCUGAGGUCAAAGAAACGGUUCCUCCAGUCACCCUGGACGUCAAAGAAGAUUCCCCAGUGCCACAGUCCGCUGCCAAGGAAGAGAAGCCAUCUCCUGCAGAGGCGGUUUCCAAAGCUGACAGCACCCCAGAAACUGUGCCCACUCCUCCCCCUCCCACAGCAGAGGAGAGGGAGGACACUCCUCCUCCCCAGACGGUCAUCCCUACCCUUGUAGAAACUACUAUGCAUGCUGCUGUGUCUGUGCCAAAGAAAAAGAGGAAGAUGAAAGAUCUGAACAAAAAGGAGGCAGUGGGAGACCUCCUGGAUGCCUUUAAAGAGGAGAAGGUAGUUGCUCCACCAGAGCCCGAGCCAGCCCCUGCCCCAGUACUAGAGACCCAGCCCCCUGCUGCUUCCCCUCCUGCCGCAGAAGAGGCAGACCUGACCUGGGAGGACAAGGAGGACAAGCUAGACGCUGAGAACAUUCAGCCAGAUCCUCCUGAGCCGACCACCACUGACAAGAAGUACCAGUACAAAGAGGAACAAUGGAAGCCAAUCAACCCAGAGGAGAAGAAGCAAUAUGACAGAGAGUUUCUUCUGGGUUUCCAGUUCAUCUCAGCCAGCAUGAACAAGCCUGAGGGUCUACCAGCCAUCAGUGAUGUUGUCCUAGACAAGGCUAAUAAGACCCCUCUGCGUCAGCUGGACCCCAGUCGUCUACCAGGAAUGAACUGCGGCCCUGACUUCACACCCUCCUUCGCCAACCUUGGCAGGCCUGGCAUGGGAGGAGGAACCAGAGGACCACCUCCAGGUAUGGGUAUCGGAGUUGGCGGUCCACGCCGCUCUCAGCAGAUCCAGAGGAAAGAGCCGAGGAAAAUCAUCACCAGCAUGUCGCUUGGUGAGGACAUUCAGCUGAACAAGGCAGAGAAGGCUUGGAAACCUUCAGCGAAGAAAGCCGUUCGCAGCCGCCCAGGAGAUGAGCCUGAGGAGAACGACUCAGAGCUGAUGAAGACACAGGAGCUGUUUAAACGGGUUCGCAGCAUCCUCAACAAACUGACCCCCCAAAAGUUUCAACAGCUAAUGAAACAAGUGACGGAUCUGACUAUUGACACCGAGGAGAGAUUGAAAGGAGUCAUAGAUCUUACCUUUGAAAAGGCCAUCUCCGAGCCAGACUUUUCUGUGGCCUACGCCAACAUGUGCCGCUGCCUUAUGGGGCUUAAAGUCGAAACACCAGAUAAGUCAGUAGGCCAUGUGAAUUUCCGCAAGCUGCUGCUAAAUCGAUGCCAGAAGGAGUUUGAAAAAGAUAAAGAUGACGACGUGAUCUUUGAGAAGAAGCAGAAAGAGCUGGAUGCUUCCUCAGUGGAGGAGGAGAAGCAGCGGCUCACUGAGGAGCUACAAGACUCUAAAGACAAGGCCAGGAGACGCUCACUGGGCAACAUUAAGUUCAUUGGUGAGCUGUUCAAGCUUAAAAUGCUCACAGAGGUCAUCAUGCAUGACUGCAUUGUAAAGCUGCUCAAAAACCAUGACGAGGAGUCCCUGGAGUGCCUGUGUAGACUUUUGUCCACCAUCGGCAAGGACCUAGACUUUGAGAAGGCCAAGCCUCGUAUGGACCAGUACUUCAAUCAGAUGGAGAAAAUAAUAAAGGAGAGGAAGACCACCUCCAGGAUCCGCUUCAUGUUGCAGGAUGUGCUGGACCUUCGACGGAACAACUGGGUUCCCCGGCGAGGCGACCAGGGCCCCAAGACCAUCGACCAGAUCCACAAAGAGGCUGAGCUGGAGGAACACCGGGAACACAUGAAGGUGCAGCAAGCCCUUGUCUCCAAGAAGGAGUCGGGUAGCGGCCCUGGUGGCAGAAUGGGUGGAGGAGGACCCGGGGGUCGUGGGGGCCUUCACAGCCAAGGCCGUGGUGCUCCCCAGGAUGAGGGCUGGAACACAGUGCCCAUCUCUACCAAGAACCGACCCAUUGACACCUCUCGCCUUAGCAAAAUUACUAAGACUCCAAUUCUUGACUUCAACAAUCAGUUGCUUGCCCCAGGAGGUAAAGGCACAUGGGGGAGCUGGGGUAAGGGCAGCAGCGGUGGCACCAGCGCCAAACCUGCAGAUUCUGGACCAGAGUCAGGCGGCCGUCCAACCACCAGCACUCUGAACAGGUUCUCAGCCUUACAGCAGGCUUCGUCCUCCUCAGGCUCCUCACAGGACUCAGACAGACGAGUUCCUCAGAGAAACAGCUCGAGUCGGGAACGCGGCGAUCGCUUCGACCGCUCUGAGCGCGGCAGCGACAGAUUUGACCGGCGGGACGACAGGCAGGUCGACCGGCGGGACGACCGGCGGGACGACCGUGAUCGAAACCGGCUGCAGGUCACCAAGCGCAGCUUCAGCCGGGAGAAUGAAGAGCGGAGCCGGGAGAGAGAGCAGCGUGGGUCGGCCGAUCCUGUCCGCCGAGUAGCGAGCAUGACCGACGACAGAGACAGAGGCAGCAGGGAGAGAGCCAGGAGCAAAGAGAACGCGAUGCGGGAGACAGCUGCUACCCCUCCACCUGCCCAGACCCCCACCAAGCCUGCCUUGACGGAGGAAGAGCUGAACAAGAAGUCCACGGCCAUCAUCGAAGAGUACCUCCACAUCAACGACAUGAAGGAGGCUCUGCAGUGUGUGCAGGAGAUGAACAGCACUCAGCUGCUGUUUGUGUUUGUACGAAACGGGCUGGAGUCGACGCUGGAGCGCAGCACCAUCGCCAGGGAGCACAUGGGCAUGCUGCUGCACCAGCUCAUUAAGACCGGCAUCCUCCCAACAGAGCAUUACUAUAAAGGGCUUCAGGAAAUCCUGGAGGUGGCUGACGACAUGGCAAUAGACAUCCCCCACAUCUGGCUGUACCUGGCAGAACUGAUCACUCCCAUGCUCCAUGAGGGAGGCAUCCCCAUGGGAGAACUUUUUAGGGAGAUUUCAAAGCCUUUGAUCCCUCAGGGCAAAGCAGGAGUCCUGCUGGUUCAGAUCCUCUCUCUGCUCUGUAAAGAAAUGAGCCAUAAAAAAGUAGGCACAAUGUGGAGGGAGGCUGGCCUCGGGUGGACAGACUUCCUCCCUGAGGACGAAGACGUCAACAAGUUUGUAACAGAACAGGAUGUGGAGUUCACUCUGGGGGAUGAGUCGGAGAAGAGCAAAAAGGUGGAGCUUAGCUCUGCAGAGCUGACCAAACAGCUGGACAGACUGAUCCAGGAUAAGGUCGACAACCAGAGGGUCUUUGACUGGGUUGAGGCUAACCUAGAUGAGCAGCAGACCUCCUCCAACAUGUUUGUCAGAGCCCUAAUGACCUGCAUCUGUCAGUCAGCGGUCAUCUGUGAAAACCCCUACAAGGUGGACGGUGAGCAGAUCAAACAGAGGGCCAAGCUGCUGCAGAAAUACCUGAAGGAUGAACAGAAGGAGCUGCAGGCCCUGUACGCUCUGCAGGCCCUCAUGGUGCAGAUGGAGCAACCUGCCAAUCUGCUGCGGAUGUUCUUUGACACUCUUUACGACGAGGACGUGAUCAAAGAGGAGGCCUUCUACAAGUGGGAGUCUAGCAAAGACCCCGCCGAGCAGCAGGGCAAGGGCGUGGCCCUCAAGUCCGUCACCGCCUUCUUCACCUGGCUCCGCGAGGCCGAGGACGAGUCCGACAACAGCUAGGGCCCCGUCGGACCGCUGGGAGAACUGGUGGGAGUUCAGAGAGGAUCCUUGGGGAGAGCGAAUGUUCUGUGGAUGAUUCAGAAGACUGAAUCAGCAAAAUCCUUCUGCAUAAACAGGAAAAAAAAGCAAGAAAAAAAUUCUUCACCUGGGAGAGAUUGUAUUAUGGAUCGAACGUUCGAUCAUUUUAUUUUAUUUUUUUUGUUUUAGGUUUCUUGUUUUUCCUUGCGCAACCGAAUGUCUUUUUUUGAAAUAAAUGAAAAUACAGGAUGAAAUGGAGAGAAUAGAUAUGAGAGAGAGAGAAAGCUGGGAAGCGUUACAAGCCGUGGAGGAUAACACUGUUUCCUUCAGUAUUCUUUUGAGGUUUGUCUCCUGUUUUCAAAUGGCUUCUCCUCGCCACGGCAACACUAUUCAAGACACUUUGCUUAAUGACAGAUAUAUUAAAAAAAAAAACUUUAAAAAGGCUGUUCACAUCUAUAUUUUUGAUGACGUCAUCCUUUAUCAUGUGGACACGACACAGAAGCAUUGUCAUGUCACAUGUGCGGUGUUUGAUCUACAUGACACGCUUAUGUAGACGGCUAGCUUUUUUUCUUUUCUUUUUUUUCAGUGUUGGAUGAUUGGAGUGUAUGUUUUGUAAUAAAAUAGAAAACUACAAAGAAAAGUUGCGCUGAGAGCUAUCUAACAGACAUUACAGAUAGGAGGUAAAGUAACGGUUGACUCCCGAGGACUUCACACAGACUUUAUGAGGACGGUGUCACCAUAGGGAGGUGCAAUGAACUUUGACCGUUUUGCUGCUGGGGGGUGACUAUGCUCCCUUGACGCCCCAAACCCCCAGCUUACCCUCCAAUAUAUCUGUUUCACUUGUUUCCUGCGCUACAAAAAACAAUCCUAUGGACUGAGAAAUGCAGAGCAACAACGAGGGCUCACGGCUGCACCCUCCUACAAAGUCUGUUGUCGGAUUUUAAAAAGAUAAAAUAUCGUUAUUGAAACUUGAAAUAAAAGUAUACUGACAAAUCCACUUAAAAAUGACUUUAAAAUUGUUUAACAGUACAAAUCCUAAAGCUUUUUCUGCUUCCGUGAGUGGGAAUGCAUUUCAGGAGAGUGCUGUAAAUAUAUGAUGGAUUGUUUAUUUUUAUUUUGUUUUUGUUUGGUUUUUUUCAAAGACAAAAAUACUCUCUUCCCUGUAUUUAUAUUUUUCUCUCCUCAGCUGGCAGAAGGUGCUUGUAAUUAUCCAACCCAAGUCAUUGAUUACAAUUUAAUUAAAAAUUUGUACAUAUUUUUUUGCUUUACUUUAUUAAAAAUAUAUUUAAUUAAAGAAAAUGAAUGCCUCUUUUCACAUCCAGAACUGGAAGAGAUAAUAAAGAUUGUUGCCAAUAAAAAAACUUCCA